CAGAGACGGUUCCGCGGCGGGUGCGAGAUGCGCUCAGAGAAGGAGGGGGCCGGAGGCCCAGGGGCUGCCGUUGCUGCGCGGGGCCCGAGCGGGAGGGAGAAGCCGUCGGCCGUGGAAGUCCAGUUCCGCCGGGAGUCGCCGCGGCGAGAACCCGAGGCGCCACCAGCCUCGUUCUUCGUUUGCGGGGACGGCAUUUGCAAACAUCGCGAGGAGAAGAAAACGGUCCUGAGCAAGGUGGUCAUCCGGCGGCUUCCUCCCAGCCUCACCAAGGAGCAGCUGGAAGAGCAGCUACACCCACUGCCGGCACAUGAUUACUUUGAGUUCUUUACUGCCGAUUUCAGUCUUUAUCCUCAUCUCUACUCAAGAGCAUACAUUAAUUUUAGAAAUCCUGAUGACAUCCUUCUUUUUAGAGAUCGUUUUGAUGGAUAUAUCUUCAUUGACAGUAAAGGCCUAGAAUAUCCUGCAGUGGUAGAGUUUGCCCCAUUCCAGAAGAUAGCCAAAAAGAAGCUAAAGAAAAAAGAUGCCAAAACCGGAAGCAUUGAAGAUGAUCCGGAAUACAAGAAGUUUUUGGAAACUUACUGUGUGGAGGAAGAGAAAACGAAUGCCAAUCCUGAAACUCUUCUGGGAGACAUGGAGGCAAAGACAAGAGAGCUUAUUGCUAGAAGAACCACACCUCUUUUGGAAUAUAUUAGAAAUAGAAAAUUAGAGAAGCAGAGGAUUCGAGAAGAGAAGCGAGAAGAGCGAAGGAGGAGGGAGCUGGAGAAGAAGCGCUUACGGGAAGAAGAAAAGAGAAAAAAGAGAGACGAGGAGAGGUGUAAGAGAAAAGAAGCAGACAAACAGAAGAGAACAGCAGAGAGAGAAGUAAGGAUUAAGCUUCUUAAGAAACCAGAAAAGGGAGAGGAACCAACCACUGAGAAGCCAAAAGAAAGAGGAGAGGAAAUGGAUACUAGAGAUGGAGAACAGGAGUCCUGUCCUGGCUGUGCUGCCCGGAAGCCCAUGCCCUUGGGGAGCUCGCUGGAGGAGCCCAGGGAAAAGUCACAGAAUGAGAGCAAUGAAGAGCAAAGGGAGUUGGACCGAAGAUUCAGAGAAAAACACCCUGAAACACAAAGAUGCCACUUGGAUGACAGUAGAAAGCAGAGAGCUCACUGUGAGUUUGACACGUUUUCGCGGAGAAAUGAGGAGGAGCUGAGAUGGGGGAAAGGAGCCCCCCCCGACAGAGGGAAGAAGGGGAGCCAGGACAGUGGCAACGCUGUGGAGGCAGCAGAGCGGCCCGGGAAAGAGCAGAGGAGUGAAGGUGGCCCAGCAGCCAAAAUGGAGCGCCCAGGAAACAAGGAUCGGCCGGCCUUGCAGCUGUACCAGGCAAGAGUUCGCAUCCGAGCACGAGAAGGUGGUAGGGGAACCUCUGUGGAGUGCCCUGGCAGGAACAAGGAUGAGGCUGAAGAUUCAGCACAGGGGGGUUCCCAGAAGAGCGAAGAGGCGGGGUGAGUCAGCGCACAUGUUUGGGACCUCCCGUUCGGCAUUCUGUGGGUUAGAGAGGGCAUUCUGGAAAUGUACAAAUCAGCCUUGAAUCUAACCUGCAAAGUGAAUUUACUCCUUAUAAAGAAAUCAGAAACUAGAAAUAUAAAUGUGGCAUAGAAACAUCUAGAAACCAUUUUUAAGAAAGAAGCAAUCUUUUAAAAAAUUGAAAAGUUGUCAUAGAUUUUAUUAUUUUUAGUAUAAAGUAGUAUGUAUCAUUUAGCCAAAAUAGCCUGUACUUUGAGUUCUACACAUUUGUAAGUGAUCUGUUGGGAUUCAUAUCACGUAGUAUGUGAGCUAUUGUUCGGGGGAAGGGAGGGCUCUCAUUCCAUUGUAACUCGGUGAUACAGACACCUGUGCCAUCUGUCCUGAAGAUUCCCCGAAGUCUGUAUUGUGUUAUAGCCCCUGUGAUAGAACUUAACACUGUAUAAAAUCUGACAGCUUUAAGAAUUGCCCUUUUAGCAAUGUGGCCACUGACUUUUUUCACAGUCUUUUGGUGGAUGUGCUCAUGGUUUAUAACCACCGUAAUUUAAGGGUUGCUGAGACAACGUAAGGGCAUUAUUUUGGGACAAGGAUAACUUAGUUAUGGCAUCUAGGGUUUUUCUUUUCGCAGUCUGAGGCAGUUUUAUUUUGAAAUGACUCAUUGGAACUUUCUGCAGUUACGUGUUCUACAGUAUUUUUUAAUGUUAGUGAAAUUUUUAAACAUUAAUGUAUUUUUGGCACUAUGCUUUGAACCACUUACUAAAUAAAAAUUUUAGUUGCUAUGAA